AUGCGAUUACAGGCAUGCACCACCACAGCCAGCUCAGGGGAACUGUUCCUGAAGAUCUGCUACAGGUUCGAGUAUGAAAAAGGUUCUAGAGACAUUUUCGGUGUUGCAGAUGCCCAGUGGCGCAUCCCCAGAGAUGCUGCUGGACACCUUACGAUGAACACACAAGCACCCGUGGCAAAACCUCAGCCGCGCUCGCCCGCCGAGGCCGAGGCCCGCGGCCCCGAGGCGCUGCUGCGGCGAUCGGGCUCGGGCUACGAGGGCAGCACCAGCUGGAAGGCGGCUUUGGAGGAUACCACCACGCGGCUCCUGCUGGGGGCCAUCGCGGUCUUGCUGUUCGCCAUCCUGGUGGUGAUGAGCAUCUUGGCCUCCAAGGGCUGCAUCAAGUGCGAGGCGCCCUGCCCGGAGGACUGGCUGCUCUACGGGAGGAAGUGCUACUUCUUUUCUGAGGAACCAAGAGACUGGAACACAGGCAGACAGUACUGCCGCACCCACGAGGCUGCGCUGGCCGUGAUCCAGAGCCAGAAGGAGCUGGAGUUUAUGUUCAAGUUCACGAGGAGGGAGCCUUGGAUUGGCCUGCGCAGAGUCGGGGAUGAAUUCCACUGGGUCAAUGGGGACCCCUUUGACCCAGACACAUUCACCAUCUCAGGCCCAGGAGAGUGUGUCUUCGUGGAGCCCACCCGGCUGGUGUCGACGGAGUGUUUGAUGACCCGGCCCUGGGUGUGCAGCAAGAUGGCCUACACAUGACAGGGACAGGCCAGAGUGGACGGAGGCAUCUGCUCUGAGCGCAGCCUCCUGUGGAGCCGCCUGCCUCCUGCAGGGGGACUAGCUGGGGAGGACCUGUCCCUAUCCUGUCCCCUCUCAGGCUAAAGAGUGCCUGAGUCCCUGGUUCCUGGUCCCUCUGUCCCCAGGCAGGUCCUGUGGCUCAGCAAUUGAAUCCCAUAUGCUAGUAACGUGGCCAUCUUUCCGCAUCACACAGGUACACACACACACACACACACACACACACACACACAAACACACACAUCAUGCACGCACAUACACACAUACACAGAUGCACAGGCCCUUCCCCGCAGCUCCCACAGCCACCCCUAGCCUUUCCCAGCCCCACCUGGAAACUACCCCACCCCCUGCGGCCCUGGUACCCUGAGGAAGGCUGGUGGCUGCUGGGCGCCCCCCUCACUGCUCGUGGGCCCUGAAGGCCCACCCUGCUCCAGAGUGCUGGGGGUGGCAGCUGAGCAGGUGUCCCCUCACCUCAGCCAGCCUUGCCCAAAGCCUGU